AUGAGCUUCGAUCUCCCGUCUGUAUCAGAGCUCAAACGAGCCGCAGAGGCAGGGCAGCGCAUCACGGCAGAGGAUGUCUCUGUCAUCGCACAGGCAGAAAGCGAGCUCACAGGCUCCGGGCCAAUAAGGGGCGGACCAGCAGCAACGGCACAGAGUCUGGCGAUGAGGCAGAUGAACUUUGACACCAAGUUCGACGAGUUGACGCGCAAGCCGCAGAGCCAUAUCACGCAGGAGGACGCGAGAGAGAUCCAAGCAACAGAGGGGCGUGCCUUCAAUAAACCUCCAGGUGCGGGAUCGGUAUCUGCUCAAGUGCGGUCGAUCGCGAAUCGGAAUGAGUUCCUAGGGCUUCCGCCAGAGCCGUCUACAGCAUCCGCCUUUGUGACCAAGGACGAUGCGAGAGAUGCCCAGAGCGCAGAGUCGAAGGUGUAUGGGGGUCAGAAUCCGAGGGGAGGGCUGGCGGCGCAGAUGCAGGUGAGGCGUCCCAUCCCAUGGAGAUCCCUCAACCUUACAUACUGA